AAAAUACAAACCCUACAUCACUCUCUCUCACAUAACACCAGAAAUCACUUUCUCUCUCUACCCCUUCUCUUUCUCUCUCUUCACCCAUCCGAAACAACAGACACAGAAGACCAAAAUUAGCAACUAUUCCCUUCACUCAACGCAAGAAAAUCAUGAAGAUGAGAAACAAAGGUAAAGUAUACCCAUCUCCAUCUUCGUCUUCAUCAUCAUCAUCUGUGCCCUCUCACUCCGCCGCAAACAGAGACGCUUUCUCUGUGUUGAAGCUCCUCCCCACUGCGAUUCUCGCUCUAGCUUCGGUUCUCUCUCUGGAGGACCGGGAAGUCCUGGCCUACAUGAUUACCAGGUCGAUGAUGAUGUCCGCCUCGAACCCGUCGUCGAUCGGCGCCGACGACAAGAAGAAGAAAUCGGCCAAGAAAUCCGACGCCCACAAGCCUCCGGUCUUCGAUUGUGGCUGUUUCGACUGCUAUACGAGCUACUGGUUCCGGUGGGACUCGUCGCCGAACCGCGAACUCAUCCACCAAGCGAUUGAGGCCUUCGAGGAACACUUGGCCAACGGCGAGAAGUCCAAGAAGAGAGAGAAAGGGAAGAAGAGAGAGAAAUUGGGUCGCCAGUCCGUCGACAAGACAGCCGAUGUGCCUGACGCAACCGUGCCGGAGAUUGAGAAGAGUUCUUCCUCUUCUGUGGGUUCGCCGGAAAAAGACUCUUCCCCGCCUGAAAAGGCUGAGGAGACGGCGGAGAAGAAAGGAGAGGAAGAGAUGGUUGAGUCAGAGACCGAAGAGGUGUGCUUGCCGGGAGAGGAGGAAGAGGCAUCGACGACGUCUACGACGGCGAUGGUUUUGCGGAGUUCGCCGGCGAGCAACCACAAGGGUAUGGCGAGGAAGGUAUUGCCGGACGUCUUGGGGUUAUUAAAUUCGCGUUUGUGGAGUCUUUGGAAUCCGAAUGUUUAAAUUUUUUUUUUUUUUAAUUUUCAAUUUCGAGAAAGAAAGUGAAAGUCACAUUUUGAUUUUGUGUCAGGUUAUAUAUAUAUUCGAGUACGAAUAUAUAUGCAUAUAUAUAUAUAUAUAUGCUCCAUAUACUGAGCAUUCAUUUACAGUCUCUCUCUCUCUCUUGGGUUGGUUGGGUGUCUAAGCUGAGAGGCACCCACUGGUGAGAUGUCAAUUUUCCCGGAAACUUUGCUUUCUGAAUCUAUUUUCCCGGAAAAUGCUACUGCAUAUUCUUUUCUGUUGUUUGUUUACUGUUUUUUGUUUUUCCUUAAUAGCUAAGUAUUGUAUGAGGAAGGUUAUAUGACGACGUGGACAAUGAAAUGGCAACAACAUUAUAGAAAUUUCUUAA